AUGUCCGGUAGAGGUAAAGGUGGUAAAGGUCUAGGUAAAGGUGGUGCUAAGCGUCAUAGAAAGAUUCUUAGAGAUAACAUUCAAGGUAUAACCAAGCCAGCUAUCAGAAGAUUGGCGAGAAGAGGUGGUGUCAAGCGUAUCUCUGGGUUGAUCUACGAAGAAGUCAGAGCCGUCUUGAAGACUUUCCUAGAGUCCGUCAUCAGAGACGCCGACACUUACACCGAGCACGCCAAGAGAAAGGCCGUCACACCUCUGGAUGUCGUCUACGCUUUGAAGAGACAAGGUAGAACUUUGUACGGUUUCGGUGGUUAA